AUGGAACCGAUUAUAAACAAUAACAAUAUAUUAUUAAGGAAUACAACACAUGAUAUUUUGCAACAAAUUAAACCAAAAUCUAAAAUAAUAGGAAAUGAUUUUAAAACAAUUAUUCCAUUGGAUAUAAAAAAUCAAAUAGUUCUUUGCCACAAAACAGCAAAUGAACUUUUAAACCAAUUUUGGGUGAGAUUUUUAUCCAGCGAAAAAACAAUUAUUUCACAACUUCCUCAAAUUGUUAAUUCAUUAAAAAAAACAAGCAGUAGAAUUGAUUCUAUUAUCAAAUCCAAUAAUAUUACUAUAAAUAAGUUGGAAAUAGUUAAGAAUUAUUUUAAACCAACGAUCAUUGCUAUUAUGAAAGCUCUUGAAGAAUACAAAAAUUUGGGAUUAUAG